AUGGAAUAUGAUCCUUCUGAUAGCAGCGGUGAGUUUGCUUCGACGGAUACUGGCGUUUGAAAGUUCUUCCCGGCUUAUUUGGUGGAAACCUAGGGCUAGGGUUUUUCUUCUGUCGUUGCGUUUUUUCUCUUCGGUUCUGGAUAGUGCCGGUAAAGGAGGUGCCUUUUGGCGCGAUUGGCAGCUGGGUUUGGGUGGUGCGGAGGAGAUGGCCAUGGCUGAGCGGGAUUCUUUGCGGAGGCUUGUGCUUGAUAUAGUGUGAUACGGCUGUCGUUUUCGGCUCUGUAAUAUUGUGGUCCUUUCGUCCGUGCUUUUUUCAGUUGGUUUCUUCUCUAUACAGGAGGGGUUAGUUUCUUUCUUGCGUUUUAGGGUUUUGUGCAGGGUACUUACCUAGAGGCAUUUGAUUUGAAGGGAAUACUACUCGUCUGAAAUUCAAGGUGCAGUAACCCAUGUUUUAGGAUUUCUUCACUGUUUUGAGGUAUCCUAGGGAUAUGGUAGUUCGAGUAGGCAACAUUCGUAUGGUAAUGCCUUCUUGAACGUGAAAAAAUAAAUGGAAUAUUUAGUGAAAUAUAGGAAAAUUAAGUCGCCGACAAACACGAUAAUCUUUGGCGUUGUAAAAAAUAUUGUGCUGAUAGAAGGAGAAUUUUGCAGUCUUGAAUUUCUAGAAGAAAAUAACUAAUAAAAAAACUGCUGCAAAUUUAUGAAGUAUAAUCAUUUGUGCCAGAUGUAAUGAUGGUUAUUAAUAUAAUCUGACAGUGAUAGAUGGCCAUUGAUGAGACUUGUGCGUUAAGGCCGUAUUGAGACAACAGUCUGAUGAAUAGGAAUAUCUCAUUCAUUGUACGUUGGAAGUUUUCCAAACUAUUUUCUCACCAAACUUUUUGAAAAGAUCAGAGACGUCUAGACAUGGUUAACACUGAUCUUGAAGUGUUUACCCAUCGUUCAUGUGAUGAUGGAGUCUGGAUGCUUAUUAAAACAAACAUGAGAUGCAAUUUGAGUGUCGUUGGGUAUAUGAGUAACCUGAGUCAUCUAGAACAGAAUAUGCUUGAUUCAAUUUUUAUUUUGUUUUGUUCUUGUUAUGUGUUUCUUAAUGGCAGAGGACCUAGGGGGUAGACAAAUAGAUAUGGGACACUUUCUCAGAUCAUGAUAUGUCAACAUCAGAGGGACAUGAGAAAGUGCUUGAUCUGAAACAAUCCAAAAAAUGAUUACAGAAUAACAUAAAAAACCAUCUUGCAAAAGUUUUCACGUCGAUUUAAAAGUGUAUCAUUAUGGAAAAAUAACGGAUGAUCAACCAGCGUUCUGCAACCCUGAAAUAUUUAAGUGGACUUUGUUAAUCAUUUUACCACGUCAUUGGGGACAGGUGUUGUGAGGUUUAAGUGAUGGAAUGCAGAUGGGUGUCUUUGGUUUGUUGGAUCUCUAGAAAUCAUCCCUGGCGCUCUGAGAAGCUGAGUAUAUAGGUAGAGGCCCGCAUCAACCGGUGUGCACAAGUUCUACUGUGCUCUGAAUCUCCAUCUUCUACUGUUGAUUCAUCAGAGAAUACGAAUGCAAAUUACGCCAGAAGCUUCAUUUAGAAGAACAAAUUUAUGUGGAGACCUUCGAUCCAGAGAUGUUAUUAAUAAACUUAUAUGUAUUAUGCUGUCAUGAUUUCUCGUAGGGUUUCUCUUGAUGUUUAGGAAAUAAACAUUGGUGUAUUUCAAAUAAGAAAAUAUAUUAUAUUACCUGUAAACUCGAAUAAGUCUUAGGAAUCUUCUUCCUAUCACCGUGAAGGAUUUCACUGUAAAUAAAGUGACCGCUAUAUCUAAAACGAUGUUUCUGUGCUGUCAUGACAUAGUCUUGACUGAAUACGACAUUUUUUGAUGCUCUGAGAUGCCACAUCAUAGUGGCUGAUUUCAAUCAAUCCAUCAAGAACAUGGUUAGGAUUCCUGUGAGAUAUCAUUUCUCUGGUGUGUUGGAUGCAUUUAUAGUUGAUGAAGUCAUGAGAUCCUAGAUAUUUGAUGAGGGUUUUAUGUCAUGAACGGACAUAUUGAUAUUGUUAAGGAUAUAUAUUACUGGUUUGUUUUCUUUUCUUUUCUCUGGAUGAUGCGAACUAGUCGCUGGUGCCGCCAGAUCUUGUACAUUUCUAUGCAGAAUUUAUUUUCGUAUUUUUAUUAAAAAAAAAUUCUUAACAGCGUACGGUUAUGAUGACAUGAAACCAUCGUACUAAACAGCGUUUUUUUUUUAAACUUUUUGAAAUACCUGCAGGGACUGACGAUGAUCUUCCACCAACCCAUCAGAAUAGAGGUAUAAGGGGAGGUCGUGUUGCAGGGAAUGGAAGAAAUGCUGUCAUGGGUGGUCUUUCAUUCUCCAGGGUUCAAACAGACAUGGAAACAGAAAUCCAUCAGCUUGAGCAAGAGGCAUAUUGCUCAGUUUUACGAGCAUUCAAAGCUCAAUCUGAUGCCAUCACCUGGGUAAUUACCUGAUUAUUGAUAUUAAAAAUACUUUUGCCAUAUCCAUUUUUACCUUGCUUUUCACAGUUUCUGAAAUUCCAAUUUCAGGAAAAGGAGAGCUUAAUAACAGAGCUUCGCAAAGAGCUGAGAGUGUCUGAUGAAGAACACAGAGAACUACUUACGAGGGUUAAUGCUGAUGAUAUUAUUCGGAAAAUAAGGUUCCACGAAAUAUGCACAUUUUUUUUAUUUUUAGUGGUAACUUAUGUUGAUAACAUGCAAAAUAUGCAUAUGUUUAAUAUCAAGAGUUUUUCUUCAACUAUCAACCAUCCAUAUUUUAUACUAAAAACGGCUAAAAAAAGCUGUUCUAUCAAUUUAUUUAGGGAGUGGAGACGAGCAGGUGGUCCCCAAGGUGGUUUCAUUAGCAAUGCUCAACCUGUUCCUGAUACUGUACAAAGUCCUACUGUUUCUGCAUCUCGUAAGAAGCAGAAGACAUCCCAGCCUGUACCAUCUUCAUCGUUGGGUGCACCAUCGUCUGCAUUACACCCACAAGGAGUCGCUGCAUCGAUGCAACCAUCUUCAUCUGCUGCAAAGAGAGGUUCUGGACCAGUAUCUGCCCGGGGAAAGAAGAGUAAAUCAGUGAGUUGACUAUUUUACAUCAUACUAAUGCUAAUAUGCAGUGUAGUCAUAUGCCUCGAUUGGAUUGACUGAUCAGUAACAUGCAAAGCUAAUGGCUAUGCAUUAGCUGGUAUAUAAAUAUGCCAUUUGACUGGUCCAUCAUCUCCCUCUUUUUUUUUUUUUUUUUUGCUUCAGUUCUAUUAUCUACUGGGAGGUGUAUAAGUCUGUGUUGUGCGUUUGAUUUUCUCUGGAUCUUCCUCAUUCAUAUUCUUUGACAGGGUCAGGCAGUACCUGUGGCCUCCUCGACAAAGCCCACACCAUAUCCUUCAGCAGUUCCAACUGGUAGGGGUCAGCUUGCUAGUCGGGCUGAAGGUUCAGCAUUCGACCCACUAAUUGGACGCAAAGUUUGGACUCGAUGGCCAGAAGAUAACAACUUUUACGAAGCUGUCAUCACUGACUAUAAUCCCAUCGAGGUAUUUCGUAGCUGUUGAACUUGAAUGUUCUGAUUCUUAGUCAUCCAUGUAGCUGAAUCAAAUGCUUUCAAAUAUUCAGGGUCUCCAUGCUCUUGUCUAUGACAUAAAUACCAAGGACGAGACUUGGGAAUGGGUCAACCUCAAAGAGGUAGGCAAUGUUAUGUAUUUCUUCGUGUUUCUGCUCUGUUUAGCGCUCUUAUCCACUAUUUUCUUUUUAAUUCACCUCCAGCAUUAUUAUGAAAAAUCAGUUUUUGGAUAAUCAAGACUUGAUUAGGGCUUUAAUUCCAUGUUAAUGUUUAAUCAUGCUUAGGAUUUCUAUCAAACUGGUUUCCAUAUCGUUCCGCACUCAUCUGAAGCAUAGUUUGGGUUUUUCUUGAAUGGGCAAGUGCUGUUUUCCUCACUGAACAUGAUGAUUGCGAGUGUUUUGAUGAUGACUACAAUUUUGGCCUGAUAUAAUAUCUUUCUCUUGGCGUUGACUUUGCCUCUUCCUUUUGACUUGUUCAUCUUGUUAUCCCACAUACAGAAAAUAUUUUUAAUCAAGAGGCAUUAUGGUACAUUGCAUAUUCUGAUUUGCUCUAUCAAUCAAUAAAUCAAACCAUCAUUCACAGUAUUUAUUUCACAUAUUUUCUGUCUCUAGAUAUAGAGAAGGAUCUAGGAAGUUGUAGGAUCGCCAGACCUGCACACUGCCGGUUGCGUUUGGGUAAAUCUGUGGUGGUUGACUAUCUCAUUUCAGCAUGUUACUUAUAUAGUCACAUAUUUUAUCCUCCAUAUUUGAAAAAUAGAUUUCAGGUAUGAUAAUAUAUGGAGAAGGGAUAUUUUUUAGAAAUAAAUCAGAAGAACAGAAUCAAUUAGUGAACGAAAUAUAUGGCAUUCGCUUUCCAUAUCACAUACCUUCACGUAUAGUUUGUACAUGUUUCCAAUUUUUUUUGCAGAUCGUCACUUGCUGUUUGAACUGAUUUUUUUUAUUUCGUUUUUUUUUUCUGUUUUCUUGGUCCUAUUCUAUCAUAUCUAAAUAUUUUUUUAACCUCUCCACUCUUAUCUGUUCAUCUUCUUCAUCUUCUUCAUUUUUUUAUUUCGUUUUUUUUUCCUUCUGUUUUCUUGGUCCUAUUCUAUCAUAUCUAUUUUAUUUUUUUAAUCUCUCCACUCUUCUUCGUUCAUCCUUCUUCAUUCUCCAAUCUCCACCAUUUUUGAACCGUGAAAAGUGGUUGCAUAUAUAGAUAUAUAUAUCCCUUUGAAUUUUGAUAUAAGUUGCAACUAUAUAAGAUGCGUCUGGACGAUAGUAGCUCUUCACUUCAUAAGAUUCUCGCAACGUCUUGAGGAUAGUGGGCCUAAACAGACCAAAAUUCAACCAUGUUGGAGCUUUAAUUACUGAUUUGCCCUGGAUGAGCCUUCUAAAUGCUGGAUCUUUUUUGUGCCUGAUUAUAUCGGGCAGUAUCAGUGGAGGCCUAGACAGACCGAAAGUCAACCAUGUUGGAGCUUUAAUUAAUGAUUUGCCAUGGAUGAGCCCUUUAAAGGCUGGAUCUUUUUCGUGCCUGAUUACGUUGGGCAGUGUUAGUGGAGGUAGAAGCUGUGUUCUGGCGAGAUCUUAACUAGUCAAAAGGUCAACCAUGUUGGAGCUUUAAUUACUGAUUUGCCCUUCUGGGUCCUGUAAAGGCUAGAUCCUUUACUGAUUUUUGUGUCUGAUUAUGUCGGGCAGUAUCAGUGGAGGGAGAAACCGUGAUCCAGCUUCCUAAACAGACCAAAAGUCAACCGUAUGGUAGCUUUAAUUACUGAUUUGCCCUGUAAAGGCGACUUGCUAACAGAGUCAGCGCUUGCCAUUUGGUCAACAGAUAUCUCCCGAGGACCUUCAUUGGGAAGGCGAAGAGCCCGGCGUAGCCCGCCGGAUAGGCCGCGGUGGGCCCGGACGCGGGGUCAAGAAGGGCACCGGCCGGGGAAGCGCUAUGGCCGGCCGGGGUAGAGGGGUCCUCAAGGGCCAGCCCAAGAAGGAUUUACCCCCCUCGCAGAAUGGAAUUGGCAAGAAGGGCCCAGAUGACAUCGAGAUACUCGACACAGGCAGCCUAAUCAAGGAGGUACAAGCUCACCUCUCUCUCUCUCUCUCUCUCUCUCUCUCUCUCUUCUCUCUCUCUGAUUUGACUCUUUGGGUUGCAGGUGGAGAGGGUCUUUGGGUCGGUCCAACCGGACCCAUUCGAGAUUGAGAAGGCGAAGAAGGCGCUAAAAGUAGGGGGAAGAUUUAUGAAAUAAAAAGAUUACCCAAAGUAUCAGCUCUUUUUUUUCCUCUUGUGCUGAUGGUGGGUUGACUUUUGGAUUCUCAGGAUCACGAGCAGUCCCUGAUCGAUGCGAUCGCCAGGCUCACCGAUGCAUCCGAUGGUGAGAGUGGUAAAUACUCUUAGUCUCUCUUCCGAUCUGUUCUCUUCUCUGUGCAUCUAACCUAAAAGAGGGGGUGAUCUUCUUCUUUCUUCCCUUCCAAUUUUGGGUAAAAUAUGAUCUAAAUCAGGCAUGAAUCUUGUGGGUGUAUGUACAUAUAAAUAUAUGGGCAAUUUAUGUGCGUGAUCAACCUCCCUUCUCUCUAAACCGGCGAUUGCCCUUUUGGGUAUGAAUCUGAAAACAUAGCAAUGUAGAGAGAGAGAGAGAGAGAGAGAGAGAGAGAGAGAGAGAGAGAGAGGUGAAAUGAUGGGGAUGCACAGGGUUUCCUCUCUCUAGAGUCCUGCUAACAGUAGGGUCUAUGUAUGUUGCCCCUCUUCCCACUUUGAUGGCACAGAAGAAGGUGAGCACCAGAUGAACCAUGGGCAGCCUAUGGAUUGGAGGAGCAAGCAGUAUGGCGGGGUACAGCAUGCGCCGCCGGACUAUGAGGACAACAUGGGGCAAGGUGGCGGCAGGGAGGGCUCAGAGGGCGGCGGGGCCCCGUCGGACUACCGGCAAGCGGCGGAGAAUGACAUGAUCUGA